UUUGAUUUAUUUAUUCCUAGUUAUUUAUUCCUUAGCUAGGAAAAGUGACCUUUUUAAUUUUUGUAAUUUGAUAAAUGAAACAUUAUGAAAUAACUGUGAAUCAACAAAUGCCUUUUAAUUCUUUAUUUCACAGGUCUUCACUGCAAAGUAUGUUAUAAUUUUCGGCAACGGUGCGCUUCCUUUUCAUGGUCGGCGACAGCGUUCUGUCGUCGAUAGUGCUGUGUUGGAUGUGAAAUUGCGGAUUUUCCGACAAAUCGGUGUCUUUAAACAUGACUGACACUCACGAAACCCUUCACCUGAAGGGUGUCCUGGAGGGACACAAUGGAUGGGUCACCCAGAUCGCCUCCAACCCGAAAUAUCCGGACAUGAUUCUGUCGUCAUCUCGAGACAAGUCCCUGAUCAUGUGGAAGCUGACGCGUGACGAGCACUGCUACGGCAUGCCGCAGAAGCGCCUGCAGGGUCACAGCCACUUCAUCACCGACGUGGUGAUGUCCUCGGACGGCAACUACGCUCUGUCCGGCUCCUGGGACAAGACGCUGCGCCUGUGGGACCUGCAGAGCGGAUCCACCACCCGCAGGUUCGAGGGCCACUCCAAGGAUGUUCUGUCCGUCGCCUUCUCGGCCGACAACCGUCAGAUCAUCUCGGGCUCUCGGGACAAGACGGUGAAGCUGUGGAACACGCUGGCCGACUGCAAGUACACCAUCCAGGACGAUGGUCACUCGGACUGGGUCAGCUGCGUCCGCUUCAGUCCCAGCACCACCAACCCGCUCAUCGUCAGCGCCGGAUGGGACAAAAUGGUCAAGGUGUGGAACCUGGCUAACUGCAAGCUGAAGACGAACCACGGCGGCCACCACGGCUACCUCAACACCAUCACCAUCUCGCCCGAUGGCUCCCUCUGCGCCUCCGGCGGAAAGGACGCCCGCGCCAUGCUGUGGGACCUGAACGACGGCAAGCACCUGUACACGCUGGACCACACGGAGACCAUCAACUCGCUGGUGUUCUCCCCGAACCGCUACUGGCUCUGCGCCGCCACCGGGCCCUCCGUCCGCAUCUGGGACCUGGAAGGCAAGCAGAUGGUGGAGGAGCUGAAGCCGGAGGUGGUGAACCGCUCGGCUAAGGGCGACCUGCCCCAGUGUCUGUCGCUGGCCUGGUCGGGAGACGGCCAGACCCUGUUCGCCGGCUACUCGGACAACAAGAUCCGCGUCUGGCAGGUCUCCAUUACGUCCAGAUAGGCGCCGAGGAGACCCUGUGUCACCACCAACGGGACAGACAGAGAGAUAUUGCCAAUACACGACACCCAGACACAGAGAA